AUGUUCAGGGCUCCAACAAUACGAGCUAGCGCAUGUUUUGUUCUUUACCCUUUGAGUUUUCUGAACUCACUUAAAAGCAUCUGGAAAAAAGAUGACUCAUUGAAUCAGCGAAAGGAGUCAUCCGAGUCGGAUGACAUGCAGCUUAUCAAGGACAAGUUCAGCAAGCUUCGAGAUCACUAUGGAGUUCCAAAAUACCCGAUGGUGCUAUGUCAUGGACUUCUGGGUUUUGAUACAUUGACUCUUUUUGAGGCUCCCACAUUCGCCAGUUCGCAUGCCGAUCUUGAAAAGGUCGCCGAAAACGUCAACAGAGCAGGCAUUCUGUUGAACUACUGGCACGGGAUUGCUGAAGCGCUCACACAGGCAGGAGCCGAAGUGAUAAUUGCCCGUGUUCCUCCCUUUGGUUCGAUUGACCAGCGUGCCGAACGUUUGGAUGCUUUGCUCACUGAAAAAUGUGCCAAUUAUAAGAAGAAAGAGCCAAACGAGAGACUCAAAAUCAAUAUCAUUGGACAUUCAAUGGGUGGGCUUGAUGCAAGGUAUCUCAUUCUGCAGCUUCAAAAUGAAAGGUCUCCUUAUGAGGUUGUCAGCUUGACAACUGUGGGUACACCGCAUCAUGGCUCUGAGUGUGCUGAUUUUGUCAUGGACAUUGUGAGUAAGGACGCGGCACUUCUGGCGAUAUGCCCCAAAGCUAUACCUCAAUUGACUACUCUGUUCAUGGAGCAGUUCAACGAAAAUAUCAAAAACCUCCCCAGCGUGGCAUACUUCUCCUAUGGAGCAUCAAUGCCUCCGAAUGGGUUGCGAGUGUUUCGUGCUACAUAUGAGAUCAUCAAACACGAAAUCAUAAAGCGUGGAGGGAAGCAUUACGAAAACGACGGCAUGGUUUCCGUUGAGCUGUCGAAAUGGGGCGAAUAUUUGGGAACUUUGUCUGAUGUUGAUCACUUGGAUUUAAUCAACUGGACCAACUCCAUCAAGUCCACUGUGGAUCAGAUUAUAUUUGACAAGUCACCCUCAUUUAAUCCGAUCGCUCUUUACUUAGACAUCGCAGAAAACCUUAGUAAAAGAGGGUUCUAG